AUGAAUGGUACUGCAACAAUAAUACAUGCUUUCAUAUUAACAGCCUAUUGGUCAAUAACGCAUCAUGAAACAACAAUAACUUCAUAUCUGGAAAACGAAACUCAUCCACUACCAACUAUUCCUGUCACAUCCGUGGCUUCGACCAUAAUUGGAGACACCAUAGCAACCUCGAAGUUCAGCGCAACUAUUGAUUUUGCAACGACCCUCGACUCUGCUACAACUGAAGAAACUAUAGCAACAAGCUCUUCCAUAGCUAUUCACUCUACAACAAGCUCUGAGUCCACAACGACUACUGAUUUUGAUACAACUGUGGACUCAACGACAAUGCCAAGUACAAGAACACAAUCACUGUUGUCAACAGCUAAUGAUUCUAUCACAACCUAUGAUUACACAAUAACAACUAGUCCUACAAUAACAGAAACUGCUACAACAAUACUUGCUUCUAUGACAACAACUGAUGUUGAAAUAACGGAUAGUUUCUCAACAACAAUUCUUGCUACUACAACAACUAUAUAUAUAAUAACAGCGACUUCUACUGUAAUGACUACUACAACGAUAGAUAAUUCCUCAACAACACCUGCCUUUACUGCAGAAGGUACUUACAUAAUAACGAUUAUUUCUACUACAAUGUCUACAACUACAACAAUGGAUGCCUUCACAACGACAACUACAACAGUGGAUGCCUUCACAACGACAACUACUUCCACUUCAACGAGUACUUAUAUCAUAACAGAUACUUCUACUGUAAUGUCUACAACUACGACAAUGGAUGCCUUCACAACGACAACUACUUCCACUUCAACGAGUACAUAUAUCAUAACAGAUACUUCUACUGUAAUGCCUACAACUACAACGAUCGAUACCACUCCGACAACACCUACUUCUACUGCAACGGGUACUUACAUAAUAACGGCGACUUCCACUACAAUGUCUACUACAAUGACGGAUGUUUCCACAACAACAACUCCCUACAUCUCAACGGGUACCUACAUAAUAACAGCGGCUUCCACUGCAAUAUCUACAACUACAGCUACAACUAUCGAUACUUCCUCCACAGCAACCACUUCUACUGAAAUAUCUACUACAAUCACGGAUACCUCCUCAGCAACGACAACCUCCACUGCAUUGUCUACUACAAUGGCAGAUGUUUCUACAACAACAACUUCCUAUACUACAGAAGGUACUGACAUAAUAACGGGUAUUUCUACUACAAUGUCUACAAUUACAACGACGGAUACUUCCUCAACAGCAACUACCUCUACUACAACAGGUACUUACAUAAUAACAGCCACUUCUAGUACAAAGACUACUACAACAACGGUUGCGUCUUCAAUAACAACUGUCUCAACAACAACAGCUAGUGUUACAAAUACACUUCCUCCACAUUGCAACGAAAGUAGCGAAUUGUUAUUGUUUAAUGAUAUUUGCAUGUCAAAACUUGAGGUUCAGAUGAAUAUGGUCACUAUUUUACGUAAUAAUACAAACAAUGCGACUGCUGUAGCAUAUGCUCUUUCAUACUAUUUCAGUUCAAUUGCAAAUACAAAUUUAUCAAUGAAUCCAAAUUAUAUUUUAUUACCUGCAGAAAUCGAGAAAUUUAUUGAUAGUCUCAGUAACAUUACUUUAAUUAUCAAUACUAAUACAUCAUUUAUGAUGGUACAACAACUUAGUCAACAUUCGAACGUAACAACUCUCGGUGCUGCAUUCACGCAUGAUAUCGGCGGUGGAAUUGUAAAUACAUCAAAUGAGAAUAAUAUAUUAAAUUCAAAUAUAACAGCUGGAGCUUCUCUCGCUUACGAAUCAUUAAUUGAUGUUACAUCCCUCAAUAUGUUAAUUAUUGAUAAGCCCAUUUUGUACGAAAAUAUAGAUAUUACGAGUGAGAAAACUCUUGCAUCAUCAGUCAUCGUGGUCAUCCGAAAAAGAAAUAAUGAUGUAUCAACAUCAAUGAAUAUUUCUCUGUUUUUUCAAGUUUUAAAUGAAUAUGCACCGAAACAUUUGGCAGAAUAUUUUUGUUCAUUCUAUGAUACAAUGAGUUCGAAAUGGAAUGAAUCCGGUUGUACGAAACCUCAACAUAUUCCAGCAUUUAAUCGAUAUGAAUGUAGUUGUAAUCAUUUGUCUACUUUUGGACUCGUUUGGAUGCCAAAGAUCAUUACUUGCAAUAAUUCUACUCACGUAGAACUUCCUGACCACAGUUGUGUUUCUAAACCUGAUGCCCAAGCAUUGGCAGUGAACACAUUGCGAAAUACAACAAACUCAACUGUUAUUGCUAAUUAUCUAUCAAUUUACAUAAGUUCAGUUACGAACUCAAACGCAGCAUCAAAUUCGACACAUACGUUGCUCAUCGAUGACAUCGAUAUGUAUCUUAGCAAUAUCAAAAACGUGAGCUUAACAAUAAACACUAAUAAUUCAAUCCUUAUAGCACAACCAACAAAGCAAGAAGGUAAUGUAAUCGUUUUAGGUGCUUCAUUCACACAUGGUUUUGGUGGCCAGCUUAUCAAUACUUCAAAUGUAAACGAUGUAACUAAGUCAAACUUCUCAGCAGCUGCUAUUAUUAACAAUCCAGUUUUAAGUGGUAUUACAGCUCUUAGUAUGCUCAUCAUCGACAAGCCUACAGCCUAUGAAGAUCUAGAUAAGUCAAAGAAUAAAAGCCUUGCAUCAUCUGUCAUUAUCGUAGCAGUGCAAAGAGAUGGUUCUCCAUCAGUUCCAAUGAAUAUUUCUCUUUAUUUUCAAGUUUUAAGCGAUUAUAAACCCAAUAUAAGUGUCAAUUACUUUUGUUCAUUUUAUGAUGCAACUAAUCGUACAUGGAAUGAAUCCGGUUGUACGAAACCUCGAUAUAAUCUGGCAUUUGAUCGAUAUGAAUGCAGUUGUAAUCAUACAACUACGUUUGCUCUUGUUUGGUUACCUAAAUUACCUCUAACACGUUAUCUUAAUGCACAAGACAUUGCAUCACUUAUAUUUCAAUCAAUUUCAAUUUGUUGCUUUUUAGCCAUAAUUAUCCAUGCAAUUUUUAUACGAAUUCGAGAUCCAAUUAUAAGUUUACAAGCAAAUGAUUUACUGCCAUUCAUUUCAUAUGCGGUAACAAUGAUUCUUUUUAUUUUUUAUAUUGGUCUAGCAAUGACAGUUUAUACAAAAACAACAUAUGAUGAUGAAAAACAAUGUUUUUUAAGUUCAAGUAUAUUGAUGUUUUUCGUUUAUUUCUUUUUGAUUUUUAUGUUUUGCAUCAAAACAAGUGUCGCAUAUUUUUAUUAUAUCCAAUUUGUUUGUUUAUUUCCUCCACCAUCACAUGGACGAUUGCUUGUAAUGCUUGUCAUUUCAUUUUUUAUUUCGAUUACAUGGGUUGCUUUUGCAGCUGGAUUUAAUUCUAAUCUAUCAUUUCCAAUUACUGAACUAUAUCCAUAUAAACUUUGUUGGUUUACUCGUGAUGUUAUUUAUUAUUUUUUGACUAUACCUGUUGGUGUAUUUUUAUUAAUCAAUAUAUAUAUUUUUACUCGUGUAGUUCAACGUAUACUGAAUCAUGUGCGACAUGCAACGACACAACAUCAAUCAUAUGAAAAAAUGAAACGACGUGUACUUGUUUUACUGUUAUCAUGUGCUACUCAAGGUAUUGGUUGGAUUCUUGGUCCAUUUCUUACGUUUGUUAAUACAGACACAGCGAAUGUUUUAGGAUGGUUUUUUAAUCUAUUUAAUGGGCUAGAAGGUCUUUGGGCUAUUAUUUUAUAUAUGAUAAUUCGAUCACAACGUUGGGAUGAACAAAAACGAGCCUUAGCUGCUCGAGCAAUAAGAAAAGCUAAAGAAUCGAAAUUGAUAUCUCGUAAACACAAGAAAUAUUUUAGAGAAGAUAAUGAACAAGAAGAUGGUAGCAUUGCACAAGACAGCGAAAUUAAAUAUCGAAAUGCAGAAAGAGAUACUUCACGUUUAUUUGAUGAUCUUCGUGAUAUUAAAAUCACGGAUUCCCGUGUUGAUGAUAAUACUCUUACAUCAUACUAUUAA